ACAGAGACAAGCAGGGGCACGCAGGGAGGCAGGCGCCGAGGAGGCGCGCAUGCGUCUCACGCUGCGCUCCCUGAACACAGCGACGGGAAGAGCAGCGGCGGGGUGGCGGGAGGGGGGGGGGUCAAGGAGACGAGGGGAGGAUAAGGGAGAGAGUCCGAGAAACGUGAGCGCGAGAGACGAGAGUGGAAGACGUCGGGAGGAGAGAGCGAGAGGCGCGGAGUACGAGGGGGAGUCGAGGAGUUGAGGGAGAAGACAGGGGAGACGACAGAUAUAGACGAAGGGAGAGUCGGGGAGGUGAGAGUGGAAGAGACAGAGAGAAAGAGAGAGGGAGACGCGCCAUGGGCUACAACCAGAACAUGAGGAGGGUUCCACUCCAAGCCCGGAAGAGGUAGCGGCGGAGCUGUGGACUCUUCGUGACCCCCCCCCCCCCGCUAGCGUCAAUCGCCUCCUCGUCACCAACCUCGUCAAUUGCCCUCCUCGCACUCCUCGCCCCCAUGAGGAUUGAUUACGGAGCUGACCCCGGCAGAGCGAGGAGGAACGCGGCUACAGCUGCGCGGUGGCCGCACGGAGGAGGUGGCGGCGGCAGCGACGCGUUCGGGCGCGGACGGACGUGCGGCUGUGAUGUCCUCCGACCCCGACGCCUGACCUCACCAUGACGAGGGGCCUGGCCAGCGCCGUCACCGUGGCAACGGCCCUGCUUUGCGCUUUGAUCGUCGGAGGGCUGGGCGCGUACCACCGCGUGUGCGAGCCGUACACGGACCACGUGGACAAGUACCACCCGGGCUUCCACUGCCCGCGCCUCUCGGACGACAAGGCGCGCCUCUACUGCUGCCGGCGCAGCAACGCCACGCUCAAGUACUGCUGCAACGAGAGCGAGUUCCAGCACGUCAUGGCCAUCAACCUCACCGCCGACGCCGUGGCCUACGGGCACAACAACUACGGCGGCCUCAUCGGCGUGUGGAUCUACGGCCUGCUGAUGAUCACUCUCGUGGCCGUCGACCUGCUCUUCUACUGCACCACCAACUACGAGCUGUGCCGCGUCUACCUGGCGCGCUGCGGCCUGCAGUGCCUCUGGGGGCCCGGCUGCCCCGGCUCGGCGCAGGCCAACGCGGCCGCUGCGGGCUCGCCGGCGCUCGGCCCCGCGGGGCCCGGCAAGGGCGGGGUGACGCCGUCCGGGGCGCCGUCGGUCUCGGCGUCGGUCUCGGCGUCGUACUCGGCGGUGCCGGUGGCGGCGCCCCCGAUGCCGGCGCCGUCGGUGGUGCCGCUGCCCGUACCCACGACGGCCACGGCGCUGCUUUUGACGCAGCCGCGCUCCGCGGUGACGACGGCGCCGGGCUGCUCGGCGCAGGACGCGGCGGCGUCGCAGGCGUGACACGGCGAGCCCACGGUGGACUGACUGAAGAUCGGGCGCAACGUGCGCACAGCGUGCGUGCACCACGACUCGACUGCUCCCACAGUGGCCCGGAGACAAUACCACGAGCGGGAGGAGGGAGAGGGGGGGGGGACGCUGCGCUACCCAUCGUGGCGAGACAGGGCCACCCAACAGGGCCACCCCCAUCAGGGCCACCCAACAGGGCCACCCGAGCCGGGUGUGUGGCGUUGGAGCCAAACCGCGGCGAGAGAUUGGGGAGAAGUUGCCGGAGUUGUGGCUCGGCGAUGGCGUGUGGACACGCGUUCAGGAAGAGCCCGCAGUUGAAGUCGCCUCGUGUGUCUCCCUCCAUCCCCCCCCCCUCCCUCUCUCUCUUUCUCUGUAAUUCGAAGCAACUUUGAGAGACUGAAGUCAACAUCUGGAAAAAUCCGUUUACGAAAUCCCCACAAUGCUCACAGCUUCAUUCCUCACAGAAUUGUAUUUUUUAGUCUAGAGUAGGUGGUGCGUGAAUAGUCGUAGCCACAGUCAUAGCGGGAGAGGGAUACUGGAUGUGGUGUGCUGGGUUCGGUGGCAAAUAAAGGCCGUGGCGGCGUCUCCUGGCACUUGGACUGCAGGAACGCCGCGCUGACCGCGACCAAGAACUUCAUCUCCGAAGGAUCGACGCUCACCCACGUACACGAUCUGUGUGGAAUCAGCAGAGGUGCUUACUGCCCGAGCCUGAUAGCACAGGUGUAUUGCACAGGAGGUCCUAAUGCUGUUGUAUAAUGCCAGAGAUAGCAAUGUGCUUUCAUUCUGCGUAUAUAUAUAGACAAAGAUCCCCCAUAUAGCCUUUAACACUGUUGGAGCAAGUGCUGUUAGCGAGCACCUAUGAAGGCCUGCACAGCACACGAGGAGGUAGGUGGUUCACACCGAGCCUGACCACCUUUGUCUCCCUAGUGUUAAUGUUUACACACCGCACCAGGUACUAAUUUAAGGCCGAGUCGACCUAGGGGAGACCUACGACCGGUUAAAUAUUCGCCACUGUUAUUGGUCGUGCGCGGGAAACGAUUUCGGGUUGCCGCAUUCGUAGCGCAGUGCGCUAACCACCACGCUACCACUCCCCACGUACGCACGUAGCCCUCUCCAAACACCUUUGUGGGUUCGUGCCGCGUGUCGUUCGGCACGACGUCCGACGUUUCACUCCACGUGCCAGGAACUUCUUGAGCAGUGGUUCUUAACCUGUGGUGCCCGCACCCCCUGGAGGUGCGAGAUGCCCUUUCUGGGGGUGCGAGACAUGGACGGGUUUUUUUAGAAGGUAAAUAAUCGAAACUCACUUUGUUUCAUCAAACCUACAUGUGUUUAUUGACAUUGUACAUCUUUUACGAUUGAGAACCAAAGGGGUGCAAGGCUGCAGUAAAGGUUCAGAACCGCUGUUCUUGAGGAACUCGGUUAAGAGGGCACAUCGGAGAGCGAUACGGCAGAGACACGUGGCACUUGCGCGCGCACACACACACGUGUGCGUCUACGUCACACAUACACGCAAAAACCUCUUGACGGUUUCACGCAACGCGUCCAUUGGCUCGCCUUGAGUCUAGACUCUGUAGUUUUCUGUCCAUCGUCACUCACGGUCGCUAUUUAUUACAACGUGAAUGUUCUGCAGUUCACAGCCCAGCGUACACGUGGGCCUAUUUCCAAUCCUCUAGAACGGCUAAGGGCUGGUCUGACUUAGCGCCGGUGCACCCUGAAACAGACGUGUGAUUUUGUAUUUGCGUAAUGUGUGCGUGUGUGUAUAUAUAGAGAGAUAGAAGCCCGCGGAGAGGCUCCCUAAUCAGCCCAAAGCAGUAAUCGCUUCCGUUCUCUCCUCCCGCGAGGUGCUGAACACGAUUUAACGAAACGGAGUGAUACAAAAAAAAAACCCCCACGAAGAAACACGCGCGCACGAGUCGCUUUGUGAACGCGGCUGAGCCGCUUCCCACCUCCUCGACCACUCUCGCGGUCCGAUUCAGCACCACCAGCGCGGCGGACAGCGACAACAACGCAGAGACGCCGACUCCGUAACGCCAAAUCAUUCCGUCGACGGACGGAGCACAACAAAUCGCACUGCGAGGCCCCCCGCCCGCCCCCCUACUUUUAGAAAUUUGAUUUAACUGAAAACCCACUCCCGUCAGGGCCACGCGUCUACGCCCACACGUGUGCCGCACUGUACGUUGCCCUGCUUCGUGGCCCAAGCGCUCGUCCCAAGGGACCCAGGGCAGAGGAGGUUGUGGCAGCGUCAUCGACUCUCACCCGAGGUGGCAAAGUGUCGGAGACACACCGGGUCACUCUCACGCACCUGGCGAUACUCUUAUCCUGGACCCGCGAGAUCUCAGCUGUUUAAGCAGAACAUACUUGAAGCCUGGUCUCAAUGCAUGGUCCAUAAACUUCUGGGUGGAGUUGGCGAUCACAGCAUUAACUUUCAUUUGGCCAUAUAAAGAUAUCGGUCCUCCUAAACGUAUGCCAAUCGGACCAAAUGACCAUGAAUAUGCCCGAUCUAGCCAGAUCUUGAAAGCCAAGCAGGGCUCCACCUGCAGAGUGCGCGUGGGCCGAGUUUAGUGCAGCAAAGUUCACUGUUGUACUGUGAUGUUGUACUGUGAUGUGCUACAACGUCUGUGCUCCUUACCAACACCAGCCUCCCUUGCAGGAAGGCAAUAUCAAAAACAAACGAUUACCAUAAUCAAACCUUCGCUCACCAUCGCUUUGCCAUGUGGCCAUACCAUCACCCACGGUGAGUGGAGGCGCUCGUCCAGCAGUGGCGUGACAAUAAGGCAGGGGAAGAGUUGAUGUGCUUGACCAACGGGCCGUCAUCGGCGGUGUGCACCACCACCAAGGUGUCCCUCACCACAGCCGGUUUGGUACCACCCCCCCCCCCCCCCAGUGGCACAACCGGGCUGGGGCCCACGGGCCGCCCGCAUGGGCCCACACCCCACACGCCCGACUACAGAGAAAGGGGGAAUUAAACACCCCCCGCUACCCCACCAGGAGCCGUGUCCACUUCCACCAGGCCACCGAGUCAGAACGAUGUCCUGCUCAAGCGAGCAUUGAGAGGCAGUGGUGAUUAUCUCCCGUGAUCGGCCAACGUGGACAUUCCUCAUUUUCUAUGGGCGUGGAGAGAGUCUAUUCACAUAUGACGACCCACUGUUGACUCCACCAAUAAAGCGGUACCCGUUUAAUCGAGCACAUCCCAAAAGAAUGAUGGGCAGAGUCAAACCCCACCAUGCGGAAACCCACCAGCCAGGAUUUGCAACUCGCAAACUUGCGAUUGUGAACCGCUGGCGCGAUACCCCCGACGUUUCUCCACCUAGCUUGGUACCGGCCCCUGCUCUGGGCCGUGUGUGUGUGUGUGUAGAUUGGGCCGUGCGUGUUGGUUGUGGCAGCGAGACCACGUCCGCUCGUCGCCGUGCAGAACACGGGCCCUCAGAGUGCCUCUCGUCGCCGUCUCGUUCGCGUGCAAUAAUUACAACUCGUCUCGUCGGUCGAUGUUCGUUUACACCGAAUGGCGCGACAGCCAGGGCUUAAUUUCUCUCCGAAUGUUUUCCAGGUCGCUGGUAGACUGGAGCCGGUGCCGCGUGACUGCCGCAAAUAGCCACAGUCCGUAGGGAGAGGUGUUAUACUGGGUGUGGUGUGCCGGGGUGCGGGAAAUCUUUUAUGGGUCGCUGGUAGAUGCAGCAGGUGGCCACAGCCUGUAGCGAGAGGUGGUAUACUGAAUAUGGUGUGCCGGGGUGCGGGAAAUCAUUUCCAGGCCACCGACCCGGCUGAAAUUAAGCCCUGGUGACAACUGAUUCAUGAAUAAUAAUAAUAAUGAUGAUGAUUAUAAUAAUAACGAUGAUGAGAUACACUACUAUGUAUAGCACAAUAAAGUCAAGAUGUGUGCAGAC